UAGGCUCCAGGUUCCCCGUGACCCUGAAAAGGAUAAAGCGGUAUAGAAGAUGGAUGGAUGAAUGGGUGGUAGGCAUAUUUUAACAUAGUAGAAUUGGCAUUGCAUGACAAAUAUGUUGCAAAAAUUUGGCACUGAAAUACCACAUACUUAAGAGUGAAUAAAAAUCACAAAUGAGCUACACUCAUCAUGUUAUUUAAAACACUCUAAAACACUUUUGUUAGUGCACAGUCCUUGCCUGCAUGCUAUCAAGUCUCAAAAUCUCGUUAUAGCUAAAUGUUACUGUGUAAGUUAUCAGAUAACGUGUGUGCAAACAUCAAAACCUCUCAUUUAAUACAAUGCAGUUAUAUUUGCUUUGUAAAAGCUUUAUUACCUUUUCUCAUUCUAAACUCAGUUUCUAAACUCAGUGUACAACACACUGGAGCACAGCAAUGCUAUUUUGAGAUACUCAUAGGAACCUGAUCACAAGGCAAGGAGUCCAACCAUAUGCCGAUAUCCUACUGCCCUUCUUUCUACGCUCUAGUCAGACAAUAAAGGGUUAACAGAAUGCCUUUAAACUCUGAAUCUCCUCCCUCCACAACUCCCCCUGAAACAUUCAACCUCACCGAUUUACAUAAGGCAUAUGUAUGUAUGUGUGUGUGUGUGUGUGUGUGUGUGUGUGUGUGGCCAUAAAUAGGAGCAUGCUUGCUUAGAGACCUAUUGAUAUUCAGUGACCUAACUGUAGGAUCUGAGAUCCUAAAAUCUGAAGGAUAUAAAGAAUACUUUUCAGCUGCACUUGGAAACCUUUUAAAAGCCCCUUUUAGAUAUUCCUUUCUAGUUUAUCGAGUUAGAUUACAAACAUGGAUGCAAUGAAUGACUUCACAGAUGAUGAUUCUUUCAUGUUUACGUCAGAGUCAGUGGGAGAAGGGCAUCCAGACAAAAUUUGUGACCAGAUCAGUGAUGCAGUCCUUGAUGCACAUUUGAAGCAGGACCCAGAAGCCAAAGUGGCCUGUGAGGCUGUCUGUAAGACUGGUAUGGUGCUUCUGUGUGGUGAGAUCACAUCCAAGGGCAGUGUGGACUACCAGAAAGUUGUGAGGGACACCAUCAAACACAUUGGUUAUGAUAACUCUGAUAAAGGUUUUGACUAUAAGACCUGCAAUGUACUGGUGGCUCUUGAGCAGCAGUCUCCUGAUAUUGCACAGGGUGUACACAUUGAUCGGCGUGAAGAGGACAUUGGAGCUGGAGACCAGGGUCUGAUGUUUGGUUAUGCCACAGAUGAGACAGAGGAAUGCAUGCCUCUAACCAUUGUCCUUGCCCACAAACUCAAUGCCAAAAUGGCUGAACUGCGUCGUGAUGGCACUAUUCCUUGGCUCCGUCCGGAUUCUAAAACACAGGUGACUGUACAUUACAAGCAGGAGAAUGGAGCCAUGGUUCCUGUGCGUGUGCACACUGUGGUCAUUUCAGUCCAGCAUGAUGAUUUCAUCUCACUGGAGGAGCAGAAGAGGAUUUUGAAGGAGAAGGUCAUCAAUGCUGUAGUGCCAGCUAAGUAUCUCGAUGACAAGACCAUAUACCAUCUACAGCCCAGUGGCCGCUUUGUUAUUGGAGGACCUCAGGGAGAUGCUGGACUCACUGGCAGGAAGAUCAUUGUGGAUACAUAUGGUGGAUGGGGUGCCCAUGGUGGUGGAGCUUUCUCUGGAAAGGACUACACUAAGGUGGACCGUUCUGCAGCUUAUGCUGCCCGCUGGGUGGCCAAGUCUCUGGUCAAAGCUAAACUUUGCAAGAGAGUUCUUGUACAGGUGUCUUAUGCUAUUGGAGUGAACCACCCACUGUCUAUCUCACUCUUUACCUACGGUUCAUCUGAGAAGACAGAGAAAGAACUGCUUCAUAUUGUCAACAAAAACUUUGACCUUCGGCCGGGUGUUAUCGUUAGGGACCUGAAGCUGAAGAGGCCCAUUUACCAGGAAACUGCCUGCUAUGGUCACUUUGGCCGACCUGGAUUUACCUGGGAGGUUCCCAAGACCCUUGUAUUUUAAGCUGAGCAAGGCUCAGGAGACGCUUCCAUGAGACAACCAUGAAGAUCUGUAUCAGAAUAACUGAGAGCAAUCCUGCCUUCUCCCGUCCCUCGUUGUUUUUACUCAUCACACCAUCUGAAUGCCAAUAUACUCAUCUGAAACGAGGCUCAACAGUGUAUGAAAAUUGUCCCAUGCUGUGUUUUUUUUAAUUUAUUUUUUUAGAAGGAGCUGUCAAAAGUUUGUGGACACCUGACCAUCACACCCAUCUGUGCUUUUUGAUCAUCCCAUUCCUGAUUUAGUCCCCCUUUGCAUUUGUAAUAACAUCCACUCUUCUGGGAAGGCUUUCUACUAGAUCAAUGGUCUUCAAUCUUAUCAGCAAAGGGCUGGUGUGGCUGCAGAAUUUCAUACUAGCCAAAUGGGAUGUACACUUGAUAGUUGAACAAGGUGAACUGAUUAAACAAGGGGAAUCAGGUGUGGCUCCUACUUGGUUGGAAUGAAAGCAGGCAGCCGCACCGGCCCUUUGUGGAUAAGACUGAAGACCCCUGCACUAGAUUUUGGAGCAUGGCUGUGGGGAUUUGCCCAUUUAGACACAAGAACAUUAGUGAAGUCAGGCACUGAUGUUGGGUGAGGAGGCCUGAGGUACAGUCAGCAUUCCAAAUCAUCAUCAAGGUGAUCAUCAUCAAUGGGGUUUUCGUUUGCAGGCCACUCGAGAUCUUCCAGUCCACUCUUGGCAAACCUUGUCUUCGUGGACUUCAUUUCACUGUACAGGGGCAUUGUCAUGCUGGAACAGGUUUGGGCCCCUUAGUCCCCUAUACAUCCUAUAUAAUUGUGUGUUUCUAACAUUGUGGUAACAGUUUGGGCAAGACCAAUAUAUGGGUGUGAUGGUAAGGUGUCCACAAACAUUUUUGCCAUAUAGUGUAUUUUCCGAUUUUCCAUAUCUGUAGAAAAUGAGGCAUUUUUGCUCAACCUUGUCUUAUUUUAACAUGCAAAGUUAACACUGUUGUAAAAAGCAUUGGCAAGAAAUUCCACAACAACUGCUGCCUUUGAAACAAACCGACCACAUGGAAAUUUAUACUGCUCAGGGACUGAUUGCAGUAACAGCUCUAAUUCAGAGCCAUUCAUAUCUUAAUUGUAAGUGCAAUAUAUAAGUUGUAAGUGCAGUCGUUUCCUAUCAGUUAAGUCUUAAGUACCACAGCAGCUUAAACUGAGUGCUAGAUAAGACUUACAGUCAAUACUUUUUAGAAUCCUUGUGGGAAACACACAAAUUACCACUAUUUUCAUUAUGGUAUCAUAUACAUAAUAUUGUACAGUGCUGUGAAAAAUGAUUUGCUUGCCUGAGUGAAAAUGUACUUGCCGCCGUAGUUACUAAUUCCCCAAAUCUAUGAAACUGCAUUCAUAAUGGGGUUCAGCUGGACUAGACACAACCAGGCCUGAUUACUGCAAACCCUGUUCAAUCAAAUCAACACUUAGAUAACACAAUAGAACUUUUUCAACAACAUGAAGUAAAGAAGAAAUUCCAGAAAUGAUGAGGAAGAAGGUGAUUGAAAUACAUCAGUCUGGAAAGGAUUACAAAGCUAUUUCAAAGGCUCUAGGACGCCAAAGGACCACAGUGAGAGCCAUUAUCUCUAAAUAAAACUGCACAGUAGUGAACCUUCCCAGAAGUGGUCGACCUUCCAAAAUUCCUCCAAGAGCACAACAAUGACUCAUCCAGCAAGUCACAAAAGAGCCAAGGACAACAUCAAAGGAACUACAGGCCUCUCUUGCAUCAAUAAAGUUCACUGUUCAUGACUGCACUAUCAGAAAGACACUGGGCAAAAAUGGCAUCCAUGGAAGAGUGGCAAGAUGAAAACCACUGCUAACCCAGAAGAACAUUAAGGCUUGACUGAAUUUUGCAAAAACACACCUUGAUGUCCUUUUGGGAGAAUAUUCUGUGGAGCUGUUUGGAAAACAGGGGUUCCGUUACAUCUGGCAUAAACCAAACACAGAAUUCCACAAAAAGAACAUCAUACCUACAGUCAAGCAUGGUGGUGGAUGUGUGUGAUGGUGUGGGGAUGCUUUUCUGCUUCAGGGACUGGGCAACUUGCAAUAAUUGAUGGAAACAUGGAUUCUGCUCUCUACCAGAAAAUCCUAAAGGAGAAUCUCCGGUCUUCCAUCCGUAAAUUGAAACUCAAGCGCAACUGGUUUAUGCAGUGACACAAUGAUCCAAAGCAUAGGAGUAAGUCCUAGUCCUAGAAGUAACUGAAACAUUGAUUUCCAGUUAUUGGAAGCAUUUGGAUUUUUUUUUUUUUUGCUUCAAUAAAAAAUUAAUUCAUAAAUAAAACCUGUAUUGUACUAUUUAAACUAUUUAAUGAGAUAUACACAAAAACAGAUGAAAUCAGAAUACUUUUUCAUAGCACUGUAUAUGACUAUCUAGUUGAAGUGCAGUUGUCUUGUCCUUAUCAUCUCCACAAAAAAAAUCUGCUGCUUUUCAUGGAGAAAUUCAUAGUUUAUUGACUGAAAAUCAUUAUUGUCUUAUGCAUUAAUAGGACCUGCAAUGCAAAAAAAUUAUCAAUCAAAUAAUGCUGCUCACUAUAAUGCAGGUCACAACAAAGGGUGCAACUAUACCGUUUUUCUUUUCUUACUAUACUGGGUGUUUGUACUAUACUUCAGUUGCAAUACAUACUGUAUGCAAUUUCAAUAUGGUAUUCUGUCCAAGUUGUGCAGCUCCAUUUUAAAACCUGAUACUUUUUACUUUUUUGUUGGUUUGUAGUGAAGCAUGGGUAUGAAUUGGUGGACCAUUAUAAUAUUUAAAGUAAAAUAAGUUUGGUGUGAGACUGUUAUCAAUGUCAAAACAUUACAGGCAUCAUAUGGCUUAAGAAAUUAACUUUGUGCCUUAUUUCAUAUGAUAAAAUAAGUUUUAAAUGUUUGUUGUUUUUUUUAAAUACCAGAGUAUGGCACAAAAAAUAUAUCAGUGUCUGCCUGUUUACAGAUUCACUGUGGUAUAAAGUAAGAACAUUAUGCAACAACAGCUAGUGUAUUAGUGUGUCUGUGUAAUCAGCUAAACUCCAAAUCAUGCUGUAUGACUGAGGUGUACUAAUCCUCCUUUCUAUAUGUCCAAGAUACUGCUUUUUAUAGCCAGCACUACAAGUCCUGCCUGUUCUUAUCAGACCAGUUCUGUUCAAUUGUGACCUGUCUUUGUCAUACGUGAUUUGAUCUGUGUAAAUAAUUGUGAAAAAUUAUUAUUAAAAAAGUGGAACAGUCA